AACAUUUGUGUUGUUGAUUGGUUCAGAAAAUAAAAAUUUCUAUUCUCCGCCUAGCCUGCACGUGUCCUUAUACUCACCGGGUGAUUUUGUAACGAAGAAGUUGAAGAAGCGUUUCAAGAUGGAGGAGUGUGACAAUAAAAUAGAAACUGAGCUGAGUGAUCAGAAGAAGUCGUACAGUGGAAUUCCGGAGGCACAAUUUGUGGAAGAUGUUGAUGCAUUUAUGGCUCAACCUGACAACAACAACGAAGUUGAAAAAGUCUUAAAAAAACUCGAUGAGAAUCACAGCAAGUACAAAUUCAUGGAGUACAACCUGGCGAAUAAGAGGCGUAGACUAAAAUCCCAAAUUCCCGAAUUGGAAAGAUCCCUGGAGAUGAUUAAAAAACUCCAAGCCGAGAAGGACGAUAGUCACGACAUGGAGACGCAAUUUCUCCUGUCUGACCAAGUGUUUGCAAAAGCGAUAGUACCCCCCACGGAAAAGGUGUGCCUCUGGUUAGGAGCAAACGUCAUGCUGGAGUACACCCUUGACGACGCCCAAGACCUGAUGGUAAAGAACAUCGAGUCUGCUAAAAAGAACCUCAAUCAUGUUGACCACGAUUUGGACUUUGUGAGAGAUCAAUUCACAACAACUGAAGUUAAUAUGGCUCGUGUUUACAAUUGGGACGUCAAGAGGAGACAAGCAGCAAAGACGACAUAAUAUUCAUAAUAAAUAAUCAACUGUCUAAAUUUUCAUGCACUGUAUUAUGAAUUAAUUUGAAUGAAAUUGGAGUACUUUACACGAUCAA